GUACACGAGGACAGAACCGUUGACUUGGAUCGAGAAACGCGUGCAAGAUACAGCUGAACAGCUCAAGAACUUCCAAAAUUUGGUAACAAACAGUCCUUCAAAAACAAUUCUUCCCUUAGUAAUCCAAAAUUACUUUUAAAGCGAACCUUUGACGCAGCUCUGAGAAGAAAAUUUCACUGCCCCUCAAUCCCGAAAAUGUGAAGCCACCAAGCUCGACCAAUCCUAUGACGUCACCUCUUAGAGUGACAUGUGGUGUAGAGCUCAAGCUGCUCGAGGCUAAUCAAAAUAUGCGACACGUGAAAGGGACUUUCCCUCACCAGUUUCAAAGCUUCUCAAACAACAGUUUAGGUUAUGUAUCGUCGAUACUGAAAAUCAUUUUACCAAGUAACUACAGCUGAAAUGCCAACUCUUGACGACAUAGUUGAAGGCUCUGCUGAUAAAAGCAAACAGCAACUGCAAGAAGCAUUAGUGGAGCUACUCAGAGGGAAUCCAGAGAUUUUAGAUUCAGUCACGAAAUCUAAGUCAGAGACGCAACAGGAUAAGAAGAAAGUUACUGCAAGAUGUGCAAAUGAGCAAGAUGGACAGAUACAGAGAAGCUCAUCAGUGUCCUACCCUGAACUUGAAAACCACCUUAACCAGUCCCAAAGACCCAGAUAUCAGUGGCAGUUGUCUGACAGCGAUGAUGGCAUAGACUCUGCAUGGACUACUUCGACAAAACAUAUGUCACCUCGUGAACUUUGCAAAUGGCGCAGUGGGCUUUAUUCUGUAUACACAGGACAUCUACCUCAUGACAUUACAAAGAAAGAGCUAGUACGGCUGUUUGGGGAAGUUGGAAAUGUACAGGAUGUUCAUUUACAGCCAUCAAACCGUGACGGAAGAAGUUAUACUUAUGGCUUCAUUAGAUACUGUACACUCAGUGAGUGCCGUGAUGCAAUUGCAAUGCUCCAUGGCCGUCUCCUUGGCAACAGCACCAUAACAGUAGAGUACGCAUCUGAGACUAAAGGGAGGUUAUCAUGUGACGACUCAGAGGAUCUACCUCGUGGCAAGAAGGACAGACUCUUGAGAGAUGACUACCCGAGGCUAGAACAAUACCGCUCCAUGUCUGAUGCUGAAUCUCAGGAGAAAAGGGUUCUUUGGAAAUUGCGUUGUUCUGCCAGGAGGCAGAAGUCAUCAAUUACAGGAAAUGCAUUGGCUACACAAGAAGGUGACAAAGAAGAAGCUUUGAUUAAUGCUCUUCAGGAAGUAGUAAAGAAAGUAAGCAGUGUUCCAGCUAACACCUUAGCCCUGCCUUCUGGGUCUGAGGGCACUCCAUGUUCACCUUGGGUUACGAAGGAGAUAAAUGGCUGCGAUGAAAACCACAUGUCCAACCAACAUUCAGUCGCAACACAAUCCACAGAAGAGGGUUUACAAAGGCGUAGGAUAUUUGAGGGCAACGUGAAUGAUGGGACGAAUUCACAAAGCACAGAGUUGACAAAUCGUCGGGAAAUUCUUCAACACACGGCUAGCCAACGUAUAUCAAGAAGACCUUGUGAGGCUGAUGCGCUGCAUUUAAGAAACGCCACAGUUUCACCCUCUCCACCCAAACGCUAUGAGUCAGCAGGCAGCCCUGAUAUGAUAACCUCUCCGGGAGGAUACUUCUCCCCAAGUAGCCCUGAUGAAGCACCGUCUCCAGAGAGGUACACGUCCCCGAUAAGCCAAGAUGUCACUCCUUCUCCGACAGCAUUUACAUCUCCAAGCUCCCAAGAUGCGACUCCUUCGCCAAGGCGAGGUGGUACCUCAUUCAGUGAAGUAGAAACCAGUGAUCCUGUCAGUCACGACUCACUAGAGAGAUUCCUCAGGCAAGAUUGUAAUAACUGCCAUGAAGAGAUCACUAUGGGCAUAGGGCAAGAGUCAAAUUCGACACAAGUGAGAAGCACAGCAUCUUUUUGUCACUCCAGUGUGCCUUCUUUGAAUAGCAAGGGACUCUGCUCUUUUGAAUCUGAUAGGAAUUACAAUGAACUAGGGCUACAGACUUCAGGAAAGUCGCCAGUGUCUUGUAAAGAACCCCAUCAGGCUACCAGAAAGGGAGAGGUAGCACAAGAUGUUAAGGGUGUAUCACCACAACAUAAUCAAAUACAUGAUACCUUUGCUCAACAAAAGAAAGAAACAGAUUCAGCACCGAUUAAAACACAACCUUUGCAACGUCUUCCGGGAGACCAUCCCCCUGAAGUUGAGAAGAACGGUUAUCCAGCUUCUGUAAAGCUGCUGUCCUCUGAUAGUGCAACGGCUCCUCUUUCAGCCGCUCCUGCUUUUCUCCCAAAUGGACCGGUGUCUCCCUCAGACUCAAGCACAGUGAGUGCACGCGUACCGCUGCAAAUCUCUCCUGGUAGUGGAUCGGAUCCUCCUAAAGGCGCUGCAGCUUCACGCCUACCAGAACCUGUCUCCUCUUCAGACUCAAGCGUAGCAAGACCUCUCCUGGAACAACAAUUAUUCACUGACUCCUUCCAGGGGCCCCACGAGACCCAUGCACCGGAGCUGAUGCCGGUAAACAUGGCUUCCAGAUUCCAACACCCUGGCUUUCCGAGACAACAGUUGGGCAAUCCGCCAUUCUUGCCGCCUGGUGUCUUAAACCCAGGGAUGUUUCCAGGAUGGAAUGCAAUUGCCUUUCUUCAACAGCAGCUUUUAGCCUCAAGACUGCCAUUUGGACUUCCUUUUUACGCAGGAAUGCGUGGAAUUCAACCAAACGAUGGAGUACCAUUGCCUUUUCAAGGUUUUCGAACUCCUUUGGGGAGAUUCAACUGGGGUGCAGUAGGAAGGGGACGGUCAUUUGCACCAAGAUUUCCCAAUGCAGGUCUUGGAAAUACUAGAACUCGUGGCGAAUUUGAGAGAAGUGAGCUGCCGUGGACGACAAACUUGAAGGAGACCUCUUCUCUGAAGAACACUUCAGACACACCUAAAGAUCGUACUUACAAUUCAUCCCAGAAUCAGAAAACUAAACUUGGAUCUGUAAGCAGCGACUCUUUGCCGCCUCUGAAGAGUACACCAGACAGUAGCUGUAACAAAAUUGACGAGAAGACAUCUGUGACUCAAAGUCCAGGAAGCAAUAAUUCUUCUCCGAACGGAAGCAGCUUUGAUGGUUUGACAAAAGAGUCGGAGGAAGAGACUGAAUGUCGACGCUUUGCACAUGGCCAUCAGGAGACUGGUGUUCAAGGAAGAUUCAAUGGUAAAGGUCUGAACCAAGCUACAUCUUCAAGCAGCGCCUUAGAAAAUGCGGAGAAUGAGUUGGAAAACACUGAGGUGAAGAGCACCUCUCCGCGUAAAAUGACUCAGAGUGAAAUGCAUCUCAAUUACCAAAAGAAUGAAUUGAAGAGGAUUUUCCGUGAAAAUGAAACAAUGCGUCGGAACAUAGAAUGGAAGAAAUCCAGAGGAAUGGCGGGUAACAGAGACAAAGAAAGUCAGCUCAAGAAAGAAAUCAGUGCAAAAGAACUAUUUUUACAAAAGGAAAAGGAAAUAUUCGUCUUAAGAAAUCAAGAGCAAGAACUUUUGUUCGAACGAGAAAAGCUAGAAGCCGCCUUUGAUCAACAUCUAAAGAAACAGCUCGAGACAGAACAGAAGAUUGGUGAAACAGAGAACAGGAUUCAUCUGGCAAAAUUGGAGAACGAGCUGUUGAGACUGUACCAGAAUCUCUAUGGAUACAAUACAGUUAUCUAUUAGCUAAAUAUUUGUUGCGUUUUGUAUCGUAGUGCGUUUAUUGCAUCAUCAUCAUCUGACACUCCAUUGGAAAUAUUUUAUGCUUAAAAAGAUUUAAUGGUUUGAUAUAAGUUUUCCAUCGAAAAUAGAAACGCGCAAUAUUGUUGUUUUCACUUGAGUUUUCUGGUUUAUUUUCUUUUGCUUCUCUCUAGGUUUGUUUGUUUGUUUG